UCAUGCUCAGGUGGGCUUGAGAAGAAGAGCAAUUCUGUCCCAGGCAACCUGCAGAGAAGCCUCAGCGAGGGAAAGAAGGGAAAUUGGAGAGUGGAACAAAGCUGAGGUCUCUUCCGCUGUGAGCUGCAAUAGCCUAGGAUCUUGUGGGAUUGCUGGAGCGAUUUUUUGGAGGAAGGUUUUUCCCACACUGUCAAUAUACUGGUAGACUAAAUAAACAUCAUGCUGUGGACAAUAGGCUUGUGCUUCCUGCUAGCUUCUUCUGGGAUAAGCCAUCCACUGAGCAGUCACAGGCGAAACACUGGACCGAACAAACUAUUGCUCAUUUCCUUUGAUGGUUUUCGAUGGGACUAUGACCGUGAUGUGGACACACCACACCUGGAUGAAAUGGCAAGAGAUGGCGUCAAAGCCACAUAUGUAACCCCAUCUUUUUUUACGAUCACAAGCCCCACACACUUCACGCUAAUUACAGGGCGCUACAUUGAGAACCACGGGGUUAUUCACAACAUGUGGUUUAACACCACCACCUUAGAAAAGAAGUCAUACUGGCAGACGCAGUUUGUGAAUGAGUAUUGGGACAACGGCUCCCUGCCUAUCUGGAUCACUGCCCAGAGGCAGGGUUUGAAGGCUGGCUCUUUCCACUUCCCUGGCACAGCCGCCACCUACCAGGGUGAAAUGGUAAGUGUAGGCGAAGUGGAGCCUCCCAUUUACAACUACUCUAAUGAGACUGUUUGGAAACAAAAUGUGGAUAUGGUCAUGGGCUCGUGGUUCCGUGAUAUGGACCUGGACUUCGUGGCACUGUAUUUUGGGGAACCAGACGGCACCGGCCACAAGUUUGGGCCUGACUCUCCGCAACGGAGGGAUAUGGUGAGGCAAGUGGACCGCACCGUGGGAUACCUGCGCAACUCGGCCAAGAGGCACGGCCUAGCUGACCGGCUGAACGUCAUCAUCACUGCCGACCAUGGCAUGUCUACUGUGCAACGCAAUGGCAAUGUUGAAGAGAUCGUCCUGCGAAAAAUUCCAAACUUCUCCUUCAGUGAUCUGGUUUUCCACCUGGUGGACUACGGACCUACAGGGAUGCUACUUCCCAAGGAGGGGCGGCUGGACAAGGUGUACAAUGCUCUGAAGGGGGCACACCCACACCUGCAUGUCUACAAGAAGGAGGAGAUGCCAAGCCGCCUCCGCUUUUCCAACAACGACCGCAUUCUACCCAUCGUUCUCUGGGCUGACCCGGGAUAUGUUAUUAAUGGGUACUUCCCAGUGCAGUUCAAUAGGGGCGAGCAUGGUUUUGACAAUGAAGGACUGGACAUGAAGCCCUUCUUCCGGGCAGUGGGGCCAGACUUCCAGAAGAACCUGGAAGUGGGUCCCUUCGACACAGUGAAUAUCUAUCCACUGAUGUGCCACUUAUUGGGCAUCACACCCGAGCCCAACGAUGGGCACCUGGACAACACCCGUCGUAUGCUGGUAGCACCACCACCAGAAGAACCCAAGCGCAGUCCAUCCAGCGUUUUCAUUGGCAUAGGGGCUGUCGGCGGAUUUCUGGUUCUGGUCUUUUUUGUUCUUGUGAUUUCUAAAGUUCUAAAAAGAGGGAAAACACAGAAAAGGAUUGAGGAUGGUGACCACAAAGAGGACAACACAAUUAUAGAACAUACAAAUAUGUGAAAGCUACAAACUUUUUUACCUGAACCUAGGAAAAAGAGAAUCAAUGACACACCUAUGGAUGAAAAAAAAAUAAGAAGAAUAAAAUCCUGAUGAAGACGCACAACUGUACAUUAGGGUCAUUCCAUGU